GUCUUCUUCUGAGAGUAGUCCCGCAGAGAAUAGUGAAGAGUCCUGGAAAACUGUGCGUUCCAAGGACGAAGAACGACCUAAACAGCCGCGACAACAUGAAGAAAUAAAGCUGUCAAUCCUUCAAACCUAUGCAGAGAAAGCAGCACAUAAGCCGG